UGGACGGAUACGCGCCACACACAAUUCCACACCGUCAUAGCACUGAAUGGACUUGAUACGGGCUAUCACGGAUUCAAUUAGAUGCGCUCCAAAGAUUGUGAAUAUUAUUAUUUUUGUCUUUCUCACAUUUGCUCUAUUUUUUUUUUAAACACGAAAGGAGGCGCAAUUUCAAUGGAGAGCCUCAGUGAAGUUGACACAUGAUGGGACAAGCAAACCGUGUGCGUUAUUCUAUCAGUGGGCGCUUUCAGCUAAACAGGUAGCAAGCCAAGCGGACUAUUUUACCGUAGGCUACCACCGGCCAAAAAAAAAAAUCCGACUGAUAUUGGAGCUACCGGUGAUGCAGAAUGACUUCAUGGUCCGAGGAACCCGCCGCUCGCCACUGAUGCGCGGAUUUUGUUUGUGGGAGAGGAGAAUGAGCCGCAGUCGACAUUAUAUGAUCGACUGAAGGGAGCAUCAACGCUUUUCAUGUAAAGUUCAAUGUCAAAAAAACGAACUGUGAAACGUUUAGAAAUAUAAUUCAUUAUUGUGUCUCUCCUCGCCGGUGCUGUUUUCUCUUCCCCUCACAGUCAACUGCCGUUAUAUCAGUAGAACCAAAAGGCAUUGCGCUUCACAGACUUGGACUUGAAGAAAUCUAACGGCUGCGAUCAAUACCGAUAUCUUUACCAACCGGAUUUAAAACAGGAUAUUCCAACUCUGAAUAGGAUUUGUAUCGAAUAGGAGAAGAGGCUUCUUAUGCACAGCCGCAAUUUGGGGCAUUAGAAGAACACGCAUUCCAAUUAUCUCGCGCACUAAAGGGGAUUUUCUUUUGGAUAACGGGUUGUUCCGUGUGUGGAAACGGCCCCUUCUUCAAAUGCAAGAUUUCACCAAUCCAUCACUCUGACAUUCAACAUUCAGCAUUGAAAAAAGAAGAAGAAGAAGAAGAAGAAGAAGAAGAAGAAGAAGAAGAAGAAGAAGCGUUUAAAAUCCACAAGGUCUGGAACUCUGUAACCACGGUGACCGUUGUCAUCAUGGAUCUAACAGACUUUUACUUGUUGGCUGCUCUUGUUGCCUGUUUUUGGAUGGACCCUUCUAUAGCCCAGGAACUGAUCUAUCCCAUUAGAGAGGAACUGCAGGAAAACGUUCUCAUUGGAAACAUACCAAAGGACCUGAACGUCUCCCAUACAAACGCUGCUACCGGAGCUAGCGCUAACCUGGUCUACAGGCUGGUGUCUAAAGCCGGCGACAACCCUCUGCUCAGAGUGCAGAGCAGCACGGGAGAGAUAUUUACCACCUCCAAUCGCAUCGACAGGGAGAGGCUCUGUCCCGGCCCCUCGUUCGAGGAGAACGAAUGCUCCUUCGAGAUCGAGGUGGUGAUUUUACCCAACGACUACUUCAGAUUGAUAAAGAUUAAGAUCGUGGUCAAGGACACCAACGACAACGCUCCCAUGUUCCCGUCUCCUGUCAUCAACAUCUCCAUCCCGGAGAAUACGCUGAUCAACAGUCGUUUCGCCAUCCCCUCCGCCACCGACCCCGACACCGGCCCCAACAGUGUACACAAGUACCAGCUGGUGAACGGGCAAAGCGCCUUCGGGUUGGACAUCGUAGAGACGCCCGAGGGGGAGAAGUGGCCGCAGCUCAUCGUUCAGCAGAACCUGGACAGGGAACAGAAGGACACGUACGUCAUGAAGAUCAAGGUGGAGGACGGCGGCACGCCGCAGAAAUCCAGCACCGCCAUCCUCCAAGUCACCGUCACCGACGUUAACGAUAACAGGCCGGUGUUCAAGGAGAACCAGAUCGACGUCCACGUACCGGAGAACUCGCCUAUAGGGACGUCCGUAGUCCAGCUACAGGCUACGGACGCAGACGUGGGGGCGAAUGCCGAAAUCAAAUACAUGUUCGGGACGCAGGUCUCCCCAGCUACCAAGAGACUAUUUGCUUUAAACGGCACCACGGGUCUUAUAACCGUACAGCGACCCCUCGAUAGAGAGGAGACCGCCAUACACAAGUUAUCCGUGUUAGCGAGCGACGGCAGCUCCAGCCCAGCCAGAGCUACCGUAAUUAUAAACGUGACGGACGUGAACGACAAUCCGCCAAACAUCGAUCUGAGAUAUAUUAUCAGUCCGAUAAACGGCACCGUGUUCCUCUCGGAGAAAGACCCAAUCAACACCAAGAUAGCUUUGAUCACCGUGUCGGACAAGGACACGGACGUCAACGGCAAGGUCAUCUGUUUCAUCGAGAAGGACGUCCCCUUUCACCUCAAAGCGGUGUACGACAACCAGUAUUUACUAGAGACGUCGGCGCUGCUCGACUUUGAGGGGACCAAAGAGUACAACUUCAAAAUCAUAGCCUCCGACUCUGGCAAGCCGAGCUUGAACCAGACAGCGUUGGUAAGGGUGAGGCUGGAGGAUGAAAAUGACAACUCUCCGAUCUUCAGCCAUCCUGUCAUCGAGCUGGCCGUCAUGGAGAACAACAAACGCGAUCUCUUCCUCACGACUCUCAGCGCCACCGACGAGGACAGCGGGAGAAACGCGGAGAUCGUCUACCAACUGGGCCCUAACGCCUCGUUCUUUGACCUGGACCGUAAAACCGGUGUCCUCACGGCCUCCCGGGUGUUUGAUCGCGAGGACCAGGAUCGGUUCCUCUUCACGGUAACGGCCCGAGACAAUGGGACGCCUCCACUCCAGAGCCAGGCAGCAGUCAUCGUGACAGUACUCGAUGAAAAUGACAAUAGCCCCAAGUUCACCCACAACCACUUCCAGUUCUUUGUGUCAGAGAACCUGCCCAAGUACAGCACGGUGGGGGUGAUAACUGUCACAGACUCAGACGCCGGGGAAAAUGCUGCCGUCACGCUUUCGAUACUCAGCGACAACGAGAACUUUAUCCUAGACCCGUACUCUGGAGUAAUAAAGUCCAACGUGUCCUUUGACCGGGAGCAGCAGAGCUCCUACACCUUCGACGUCCGGGCGGUGGAUAGCGGGCGGCCCCCAUGUUCCUCGGCCGCCAAGGUGACCAUCAAUGUCAUCGACGUAAACGACAACACCCCCAUCGUCAUCUACCCUCCUUCCAACACCUCCUUCAAACUGGUCCCCCUCUCGUCCAUCCCUGGAUCGGUGGUGGCCGAGGUCUUUGCUGUGGACGGUGACACAGGGAUGAACGCAGAGCUCAAGUACACCAUCGUUAGCGGCAACACCAAAGGUCUGUUCCGGAUCGACCCGGUGACAGGAAACAUCACCCUGGAGGAGAAGCCUGCUAUCUCCGACAUCGGCCUCCAUCGGCUGGUCGUGAACAUUAGCGACCUGGGCUACCCUAAGUCCCUGCACACCCUGGUGCUGGUGUUCCUCUACGUGAACGACACGGUCGGCAACGCCACGUUUAUCUACGACCUCAUUCGCCGCACCAUGGAGACGCCCCUGGACAGGAACAUCGGGGAGAGCAGUGAGACUUACCAGAGCGGAGAUUAUCUCACCAUCAUGAUCGCCAUCGUAGCCGGGGCGAUGGUGGUGAUUGUGGUGAUCUUCGUGACAGUGCUGGUGCGCUGCCGUCACACCUCGCGGUUCAAGGCGGCCCAGAGAAAGAAGCAGGGCGCUGAGUGGAUGUCUCCCAACCAGGAGAACAAGCAGAACAAGAAGAAGAAGCGUAAGAAAAGGAAGUCGCCUAAAAGCUCCCUCCUGAACUUUGUCACCAUCGAGGAGAACAAGCCGGACGACCCAGCUCACGAGCCCAUCAACGGCAACAUCAGCCUGCCUGCCGAGCUGGAGGAGCCUGGCCACUUUGACUGGAAUGCUGCUCCAACGACCACCUUCAAGCCCUCGAGUCCAGACCUGGCACGGCACUACAAGUCCGCUUCUCCGCAGUCCGCGUUCCACCUCAAAGCGGACACGCCGGUCUCCGUGAAGAAACACCACAUGAUUCAGGAGCUCCCUCUGGACAACACCUUCGUAGGGGGCUGUGACACUCUGUCCAAGAGAUCCUCCACUAGUUCAGACCACUUCAGUGCCUCGGAGUGCAGUUCCCAGGGAGGAUUCAAGACUAAGGGAUCCGUACACCCGUCCAGACAGGUAAAAGACUUUUACUGGUCUAUAAGUACUGCGUAUAACUGCCCGGUCCAACAGUGCUGAGCUCCCUUCUACACUAUACACUAUA